UCACAAUAAAACAACUGUAGGGGGAGACAGAAGCUCUACUUUUCUGCUGUGUUGAUAUCUCGCAAGAUCCGUUAGUCACCAUGCCUGUGGAUAUUACUGAAUGGACUGGUUCUCUAGCUCUUACAGAGGUGGAGGAACAGCCAGACAAGCCUCUAACGGUCAAAUAUGGCUCUUUGGAAAUUGACGCGCUGGGUAAAGUGUUCACACCCACUCAGGUGCAGAAUCGGCCCACAUCCGUUGAGUGGGAGGGAUGUGACCCCGGUAAGCUGUACACAUUGGCCAUGACCGAUCCAGAUGCACCCAGCCGAAAAGACCCCAAAUUUCGGGAAUGGCACCACUUCCUUGUUGUCAACAUGAAAGGAAAUGACAUCUCCAGUGGAUGUGUGAUGUCGGACUACGUUGGUGCAGGACCCCCGAAGGGAACAGGUCUCCAUCGUUACCUGUGGCUGGUUUACGAGCAGUCAGAUAGCAUCAGCUGCACCGAACGCGUCCUCACCAAUCGCUCUGGAGACAACCGUGGGAAAUUCAAGAUCCAGAGUUUCCGCAAGAAAUAUGGCCUCGGUGCUCCGCUCGCUGGGUCUUGCUUCCAGGCAGAGUGGGACGACUACGUGCCCAAACUUUACGAACAGCUGGCUGGCAAAUAAAGACCAUUUAGAAUAAGUUA